AUGUCCACUUGUAUCAAGACAGAAAAUUAUUUUUUGCUAUCUCCAACCAAUGAAUGUGGUAUUGAGAAGUUUGUGUGCACCACUAUCCGCCCCACAGUGUUACCAUUUCCAGAAAUCUAUGAGUGGGAUGCUGCUGCCAGUUUUGUGGCUGAUUAUCUUGUAUGUGAGAUGCUGGAACCAACCUUUGAACUGCCUGAUCGUAUUUUAUCUCCUUCCACGGUUUUAAAAAGGCAGAAGGGAAACUGUUUUGAAUAUAGUAUGUUACUAUGUUCACUUCUUUUGGGAGCUGGCUACGAUGCCUAUGUUGUCAGUGGUUAUGCUACACAAGACGUCUGUUUGGCUGAUGAAGCACGGCAGGUCUGUCCAUUUCUUCAAAAGAAAGAAGAGGUGCCAGAGCAAGAAACUACAAAGAGCUUCAAGAAGUACACAGUGAAGCCACCUAAAGAUCUGACUAGCAAGUUUGAGAAAAUGCAGCAGGCUCGUAAAAAGGCUGAGGAGGAGGAAGCUAUCAAGAAAAGUCGCUUAGCUGAGGAAGAAGCUGAAUUAGCGGUAAGCAUGCAUUUUCUAUAUGCAAAUAUGAACCAGAAAUGGCCAAAACAAUAA